AUGGGCCUCGUCUCGUCGACCCUCAUGGCUGCGCUCAGGCUGUCCUGGAUCUGCCAGAAGCUCCUCGACCCCAGAUACAGUUGCAUCGAGGGAGGCGGCGAGACGGUUCCGGUGCGGAAGCCCCUGGAUGGCCCAGCCGCGUCAGCGACUUCCACCGCGCCGGUCACGUCCGAGCAACAGGCUGCCGCGACGGACUCGGCCGCAGUCUCGGAGCAGGGCCUCGCCGUCGCCAGCAAGAUGAACUCGGCCCUGGCGACCGGCAAUAAAUCGCCGGAGAACAACAACUCGCUGCACCAGGAGAACCGCAACAGGCGCGCGGCGCAGCUCAGGUUCAAGACCCGGCCGUCGAGCUUCGACGCGGCCCUCAUAGUCCGGGGUAGGAGCAAGAACUCGCUCCUCCUCGCCCCGACGCAGCCCUGCAGUCCGCUGAGGAGGAGGCGCAACGCCGCCCCCGCCGACUGGGACGACGCCAGCUCGUCCUCCGGAUGCUCCUCCGACCCUGGCUCGGCUUCCGACUCCGAUUCGGAGACCGAGCUGAGAGUCAGCGAGAACGUGAGCAACGAGGAGGGCAGCAAGCCCAUCGGCAUGUCCGCCGAGGAGGAGGAAGCCUUCCGGCUGACCGUCGGCCGGGGCCACUUUUCGCGCUCGAAGAAGGACCGCUUCCUCAACCACCUGAGGCUCGAGAAGCGGCUCAACGACCUCAACAACGACUACUUUGGCCUCGCCUGCAAGGGCCACCACCACCACCACCACCACCACCGACACCGCCACCUUCAGAGACGCCACUCCGGCGACCUGCACCGGAUCGUCUGA